UUUACUCCGGGAUUCCGGCUUCCAAGACGCCAUUUUCCCCUCUUCUCGCUCUAUCUCGCUCUAUUUAUCUAUCAUCUAUCAUUUAUCUAUCGAGCUAUCCAUUCCCUCUGUCUAUCCGUCCAUCUCCCUCUCCCCGGGUGCCUUCCUUCCCCUCCCCCCUCUCCCCCCCCCUCCCUCACCCCCCUCUCCUCCCUCUCCGCUCUGCGUGUGCUGCGCGGCCGUGCGCUCCCCUAAUCUGACAGAUGAACACCGCCAUGGGUUUGCCGCAACACAAGCAAAAGCACCUUUGGGGGCUGUGGCGAGGGAUUGAAACCGGGAUCUGAAAGAGAAGAGACAAGAAGGGGGGAAUCCGAGGUAGAAGGAAGAGGAGGAAGAAAGAAGAAGAAAAGAAGGAAAAGAAGGAGAAGGAGAAAAAGAAGAACAAGAACAAGAAGAAGAAGAAGAACAAGAAGAAGAAGAAGAGGAGGAAGAAGAAGAAGAAGAAGAGGAAGAAGAGGAAGCUGCUAAGAAGAAGCCCCCGCUGCCGUUUUGGGGAUAUGGUGGCAGAUUUGGUCUCUUCUGAGCUCCUGCCAGCCUCUGGGCAAUUGUGACAUUGAAUUCGGCGGACAGUGACCAUUCGCUCCCCAGGAUCCUCCCUACCAUUGCUCUUCACAUCCCUUCCCGUGCUCCCCUUCCUUCUGAUCAAAUUCCAGGGCACAGCGACAUUGCUAUGGAGCCCAGGGAGGCUUUAGGCAGCUCCCGGCAAAGGGGGGGUGAGGCAGACUUUCUUCCAGCCUCCAUCCCCUCCGUGAAGCCUCCACCUGUCUCCGGAUGCUCGGGGGAGACGAUGCUGCCUGCAGCGGGUGUGGGGAAAGGGAUCCCAGUGAGUGGUGAGAGGCUGGAGCCUGAGGAAGAGGAUGAGCUGGGUUCUGGCAGAGAUGUGGAUUCCACUUCCAAUGCAGACAGUGAGAAAUGGGUGGCAGGAGAUGGCUUAGAGGAACAGGAAUUUUCCAUCAAGGAGGCAAACUUCACGGAGGGGAGUCUAAAACUAAAGAUACAGACUACCAAGAGAGCAAAGAAGCCCCCAAAGAACUUGGAGAACUAUAUUUGCCCUCCCGAGAUCAAAAUCACCAUCAAGCAAUCUGGGGAGCAGAAAAUUUCCAGAGCUGGGAAAAAUAGCAAAGCAACUAAAGAGGAAGACAGGUCACACUCCAAAAAGAAGGGAAAAGUCAUUGGAGAUGCGAAACUGCUCAUGAGUUGUGGUUGCAGAAAAGGGAAAAAUGCACAAGUGAAAGACUCAGAUCAGAGUCAGAUGAAGAAUUUGGGAAGAGAGUGUGGGUUCCCUGUGCAGAGUCCAGUGGCGAAAUCUGUGAGCAAGGUUUAUGACAGGCAAAAACAUUCUGCUCUGCACUAUGAUCCAGGCCUCCAACCAGACUUCACCAGUGACACCUUAAAAUCAAAGCACCAGCAGAAAAGUAGCAACCAGCACCAUCUUGACUGGUCAGCGAGCUCUGACACUGGAUCUGCUUCUCAGAGUUGCUUCCUCAACACGGAACCCAGUCGAGAAGCAGUUAGUGCCACCAAGGUCUCUGCUCCAGAGCCAGGAGUGUCCUUCAGCAAAUCCCAAGCAAAGAAAUCCUGCCCCAGCAACACCUGGGGGCAGCUGUCAGGCAGUAGUAAAGAUCUUGCCCUUUGCAGUGCAGCCCCAUCACCCAACAACAUUGGGGCAGCCACCCAGCCAAGCAGUACCUCUGAGUGCAAUGGGCUCUUGCCUCUCAGUGAUCAAGAGGGAGGUCUGCAGCUGGAGACCUCUGACCAACCUGCUGGGAGUACAAAGAAGAAGUCCAUCAAAAAGGACUUGAUAGGUCAAACCAUCCAAACCACAGACAUUGACUGGGUGAAGAGUGCACAGAAAGCAUUUGACAGCAAAUCCCAUGACAGCAUGGAAGGAAAAAAGGAGUCUUACUCGAUGGACAGUGUGUUGGAUACAUCACCCUUGAAGCAGAAUCCCAUUUCUGCCAGCAGCUGUGAAAGUGACAACAGCCAUGUACGAAUUACUAUCCCAAUAAAGUCUCCAACGAUAGAUACAUCUAGCCACAAGAGGAAAAAAAGGCAGUCCACAAAAUCUUCCAUAGAGAAAACUAUCCAAGAGAAAAGCCUGCCUUCUGGACUUUCUAUGAGCAGUGAAGUAGCAAACAGGACUAGCUCUCUACCAGAGGGAAGUAAAAAAGAUCUUCGAGCCACAAAGCCAGGGAAAGUGGUUGAAAGUGAGUCUCCCUUAGUACCUAUUGACAGCAGUGGGCUCACUGACAAAGCUUCCCCCAACAGUGCCACCAGACUCAGAAAACCUGUACCUGUGACAUCCAGUCUCCUACCCACUGAUCUUCCGACAGCUGGAAAAUUACCUGAGGUCCAGCACCCCAAGCAUGCAGCUAAGCGGCGCUGGACCUGCAGCAAACCUAAAUCUAUCCUUCGUGAGACCUCCAUGACCACAUCUGAGAAGCUGAUGGUGGAGCCUCCUUCAGCCUAUCCUAUCACACCAUCCAGCCCUCUGUAUACGAAUACAGACAGUCUUACUGUGAUCACACCUGUUAAGAAAAAAAGAGGACGACCAAAGAAACAGCCUUUGCUCACUGUUGAAACCAUUCAUGAGGGAACUUCCACCAGCCCAGUAAGUCCAAUCAAUCGUGAGUUUCCAGGAACAAAGAAAAGGAAGAGGAGACGGAACCUGGCCAAGUUGGCCCAGUUGGUCCCAGGAGAGGACAAAUCCAUCAGUGAACUCAAGUUUCAUAAAAAAGUUGGGAAGCUUGGGGUCUUGGAUAAGAAGACCAUCAAGACCAUUAAUAAAAUGAAGACCCUCAAGAGGAAGAAUAUUCUCAAUCAGAUCUUGUCCUCCUGCUCCAGCAGCAUAGCUCUGAAAGCAAAAGUCCAGCCACCAUCUAGUGCUGGGCCAGCCACUAUUGAUGCCAGACUAGGGAAGCAGAUCAAUGUCAGCAAGAGGGGGACUAUCUACAUAGGUAAAAAACGGGGCAGAAAGCCAAGAGCAGAGCUGCAGUCUCAGCCAGAAGAACCUAAGACAGCCAUCAAGCACUCAAGGCCUGUUUCCAGCCAGCCAGAAAACCCAGCAGUGCCUUCCAACCUGCAGUCACUUGUGGCAUCGUCACCAGCAGCUAUUCAUCCACUUUCGACACAGUUAGUGGGGACUAAUGGCAACCUUAGCCCUGCAAGCACUGAAACAAAUUUUUCAGAGUUAAAAACUAUGCCAAAUCUUCAACCUAUCAGUGCUCUUCCUACAAAAACCCAGAAAGGAAUGCACAGUGGAACUUGGAAGCUGUCUCCACCCCGGUUAAUGGCUAAUUCACCUUCCCACCUCUGUGAAAUAGGUUCUCUGAAAGAAGUCACACUGUCACCAGUGAGUGAGUCUCACAGUGAGGAAACCAUCCCCAGUGACAGUGGGAUAGGUACAGACAACAACAGCACUUCUGACCAAGCCGAGAAAAGCUCAGAAUCUCGUCGGAGAUACUCCUUUGAUUUCUGCACCCUGGACAAUCCAGAGGCUAUCCCAUCUGACACCAGCACAAAGAACAGGCAUGGUCACCGGCAGAAACAUCUCAUUGUGGAUAACUUUCUCUCUCAUGAGAGUAUUAAAAAGCCAAAGCACAAGAGGAAAAGGAAAUGCCUGCAGAACAGAGAUGACCUCCAGUUUCUGGCAGACCUUGAGGAACUCAUCAAUAAGUUUCAAGUGUUCAGGAUUUCCCAUAGAAGUUACACAUUUUACCACGAAAAUCCAUAUCCCAGCAUCUUCAGGAUUAAUUUUGAUCACUACUACCCUGUGCCAUAUAUCCAGUAUGACCCAUUGCUCUAUCUUCGCAGGACCUCUGACAUGAAGUCUAAGAAGAAGCGUGGUAGACCUGCCAAAACCAAUGACACCAUGACAAAGGUGCCUUUUUUACAAGGGUUCGGUUACCCUAUUCCCAGUGGGAGUUACUAUGCACCCUAUGGAAUGCCUUACACAUCAAUGCCUAUGAUGAAUCUUGGUUACUAUGGUCAGUAUCCAGCUCCUUUGUACCUGUCUCACACGCUCGGAGCGGCUUCCCCAUUUAUGAGACCUACCGUGCCCCCACCCCAAUUCCAUGCAAGCUCUCAUAUGAAGAUGUCCACCACUGCCAAGCAUAAAGCGAAACAUGGAGUACACCUACAAACACCUGUGGGAAUGGGCCUUGGAGACAUGCAGUCCUCUUUGGCUCCUCCAAAGGUUGGAGGAACAAGCCUUUCAAGUGGCCGACUUCACAAAAGGAAACACAAACAUAAGCACAAGCAUAAGGAUGAGCGGAUACUGGGGACACAUGAAGAUCUGAGUGGUCUCUUUGCUAGCAAGUCCACUGGCUUCUCCAGCCACGCCAUCAAUGAAAGGCUAAGUGGUUCAGACAAAGACCUCUCCUUGCUCAAUGAGAAAAGCAAACAUAAGGAGAAGCAGAAGCACCAGCAUUGUGAAACUGGACACAAAGGUUCAAAGAGUAACUUUGAAGUGGAUACACUGUCUACCUUAUCACUUUCUGAUGCCCAGCAGUGGUCACAGAGUAAAGAUAAAAGUGAUUCAAGCAGUGAUCCCAUUGACUCUUGCACAAAGAGAUACUCUGGUAAUACUGAGAGUAAUGGAAGGUCAGAGUCCCUGGACAUGUUUGGUGAGAUGAAUUCCUCAAGUGAGAAGCGGGACAAUGAUGCAAGUGGGAAUAAAAGAAGAAGCUUUGAAGGGUUUGGAACUUACAGGGAAAAGGACAUGCAGCCCUUCAGGACAAAUAGGAAGGACAGAAGUACUUAUGAUUCUUCGGCCUCUUCAGGAAUUGCAAGUCCCCACUUAAAAGCAGACCAGAUUUCACUUCAUAGCAAAAUGGAAAGUUCUGCCUGUAACAUGAUGACCAGAAGGAAACCAGCAGCUGUUGAUAGUGUUGCAAUGCCAGCUCCAGUAUUAUCUCUCCUACCUUCUUCAUCAACAACCUCUGAAGCAGCCAGCCCACCACUGAAAAAAAGGUUCAAGCGCCGUGAAAUUGAGGCAAUCCAAUGCGAGGUGCGCAAGAUGUGCAACUACACCAAGAUCCUGUCCACAAAGAAGAACCUGGAUCAUGUGAACAAGAUCCUGAAAGCCAAGAGGCUGCAGAGACAAUCAAAGACAGGCAAUAACUUUGUCAAGAAGCGGAGGGGGCGUCCCCGCAAGCAGCCCCUCUCCUUUGACGAAGAUUCCGGAGACCAAAUGCCCGUUCUGGAAAAAUGUGUUGACCUUCCCAGCAAAAGAGGUCAGAGACCGACACUCAAUCCUUUGAUGUUGGAGCAGACAGCCACUCAAGAUACAAUCAUGGCCACCAUCGAGGCUGUCAUACACAUGGCUCGAGAGACGCCACCUCUGCCACCUCCUCUCCCUCCUCCUCCUCCUCCUCCACCGCCUCCUCCGCUUCCCCUCCCUUUGCCACGGGCACCCCGUCUGGGGAAAAGGAAAAGCAAAUCCCUUCAGGAGGAAGAGGAGGACGUGAAAGUGAAGCGGCACCGGAAAGGCAGAGGAAAUGAAGGCGAAGGCCUUCCAUAAGGCCGGCGCACCCUGACUGUAGCGGGGUGGGCCGGGACUGAGGGGCUGGAGGUGCAUGGUACCCUUCGCCCCUGCAAGAAGCACCAGACUUGACUGAAACCCUUCGGCUGCCAGACCCCAUGGGGGAGAGCUGUGCCAGCCAAGGUUCGCUUCUUCCUCUUCAUCGCUUUGGCCUCAGCCGCCUCCUCAAGGAACGAGGAGGAAAGGGUGGGGGACAGACGCGGGGUAAGGGGGGGGGGGCGGGGGGAGUGUAAAAUGGGGAUAUAUUCUACUUUUGCAGAGUUUCCAAAACUAGUCAGCAUCUCAGUAUUGCUGUUCUCACACCUUACCUGGAGGCGGGAUGUCACCCCCGCAGAGAGCUGAACGUUAUCACCGUGGGCUGCGUGCUCGACUCUGAUUCUAUUUGGCAGGCCAGGUGAAACUAAGAGUAAUCAUACCAUAGUAGAAAACACUGUAAAAAACAGAAAAAAAAUUAAAAGAAGAAAAAAAAAAAAAAAAAAAGAAAAAACCCAUCCCCACAAAAAAAAAAAAAAAAAAGAAACAAAACAACAAAAAAAAGUGUAAUUUUCUCUACUGUGAUCUUGGUUAUAAUCUGUCUGAAUUUUUUUUUUUUUUUUCCAGUUUUAUUUACCUGCCAGGCUCUGGGGCAGCAUAACCCAAAAUGCCUGACUCCUGCUAGAACUAUGUAUUUCUUUCUCAUUUACUUGCCUAGUUACAACUAGCUGCAAUGUAGGCAAUAGAAAAGUAGAGCCUUACACUCAUUCCGAGUACUAUCCCAAGGAACAACAGCAUGUCACAGAAUUUAAAAGAAGGUGUACAUGGAUAGUGAGUUAUGAUAGCACAUUUCUGUGAAGCAACUUGGCAUUUUCAGUGGCAUGUGAAAAAGAGGUCACCCGUCAACCAAGUUGUUUUUAUGCUCGGUACAUAUGAGUAGAGAACAGCAAGACACUUCUGGGGAAUAGAGUUAUAGUAAACAUGAACAAAAUCGCCAAAAAAAAAAAAAAAAAAAAAAAAAAAAAGGAAUAUAAAAAGAUAACAUUUUUAAAAAUUGGGCAACAAAAAAAUAGAGUAAAAAGACAGGGCCCAAACUGACCAGUUCUUACCACCUGCAGUUCCCAGUGAAAUUGAUGGGAAACCCAGGAUCCAAAUGAUCUUCAUUGGGUAGCAAUGCCUUGAUAUGUUCUUUUAAAGAGAAUAGAUAAAAUAGAUUGUUUAAAAAAUACAGAACAAAACCCUAUGGAAAACAGGUUCUUUCUUGGCAAUUGUUUCUUAAAAAUGAAAAGGAAUAAGUGUUCUUAUCUGAAAAUAAAAAUGUUCAAAGGGUAUCACCACUGCAAUUGUAUUAAUGCCACUUUGGACAUGUUCUCCAAGUUGUGGUUGCCUUAAUAAACUAAAAAAAAUUUUUUUUUUUUUUUUGUACAUAAUGUAAUUAUAAAGCUCUCAGUCUGCAUGGAUGCAAACCGUGUGUGACAAAUUGUCUCUUUAAAUGGUCAGUUCAAAUUGUACAUUUCUCAUUCGAGUUGUACGUUAGCCAUUGAUUUAACGUGGGUAAAAUGCCCAGGCUCCAUUUCCACAGCCCAAUUGAGAUGUUUAACUGAAACAAAAACUGAAUAUGAAGCUGUUACAUUGCAGUAUCAAUGUUGGUUUUUUUUCUUAAAAAAAAAAAAAAAACAACAGCUGUUGAAAUCUGAAAUAGGUACUUUCAAAUUUAUUUCAUUCCUUCUUAAUGUCCUCCAGGACACUCAACACCUGGCAUGGGAAGACAGACAUUAAAUUGGGAGUGGGGAGGGACAACUUCAGCAAGGGUGUGGGGAUUGGAAUUAUUUAACAAUUCAAUAGUCAACUGCUAUUCCCUUUUUUGACCAGUCUUUGAGCUGGCUUGUUGCCAAGAAAUCUUCAAAUAUCAGGACACUAAAAAGCAAAACAAAAUGAAAAAACCCAAACACACAAGAAAACAAAACAAACUAAACAAAGCCCAAAGCCAACUAAAAAAGUCCCCACAAAAAGAUUGUGUUUCUAUUCUGUUAUUUAUUUACAAAAAUCAUAUCAAGACUAUGGUGUUAAGGGACACUGUAAACACACAGCUCAUUAUUUUUAGAGACUGAUUUUUCUUCUGUGAUAGCACCUUAGCUUAUUAAAACUGAAUGCAUCUGGGGUUUGGACUGGGGCCGGGGGGCUGAAAAAGGGGAUUUUUUAAAUACUUUUUUUUAAAGUCUAGAACAAAUCUGGAGGUCCCAUCUCCUUAAAACUGAUAAGUUGGGAUCUCAGAAUUUUGUUUCCAGUUUGUUUUGUAUCAUUCAUCAUACUCAUUUGUGCUUUUUGUUUCCCAAUUAAUGCAGCUUAGAAAUAAACUGGCUGGUUGCUCAUUCUGUUACAACCAAUUUUGCUUUCCAGUUCUCUUGAAUUAGCACAGUGUUAUUGACUGAAAGUGGUAGGUCUGCAAAAACCAACCAAACAAACAAAAAACAACUGAAGCCUCCUUGAGCUCCUCCCUUCUUCCUUAAAAAGCUUUGGACUCAGAUCUAGUUUAUUCAGAAAUCUUUUUUCUUUUCCCAUCUCUUCUUUGGGCCUGAAAGGUGACAAUGUUGCUUAAAAAGCAUGAAAAGUUUGUGAAUUUUGUAUUCCAGGUAGCCUAUGAGCUCAAACUAAGCCAGAUGAAAACUUGACCUUAGUUUUAUAUUCCGUGAUCUCUUUAUUAGCAUUGAAGGACAUUACAAUAUGUAGCGAGUGGAGGAAAGAUCUGAAAGGACCAAGUUUUGUCACUGACCACCCACUGUGGCUUCAGGACAUAUGAAGACCUCACACAGUGCCAAUAAGGGCUGGAUUUGGUUUGGACCUUUCUGGAUGCUGUGGGAGGCAACUGCCCCAUUAGAGAAUGACUUAGAGGCUGCUGUCUCCCAUGCUCCUGAACUUUGGGGAAAAAAAAUGCUCCUAUCCUUCUGAAAAGUACUAUCCAAAUUGCUGCUAGGAGCACCAUGCCUAUAGACACCGUCCACUCCAAGGGCACAGCCUUUCACUGAGCAAAAAAAUUUAGGUCCUUUUGAUCCUAGAGAAACUAAGGGUAGCUUUAAAGACUUGGUAUCUGGAAGCUGUCAGUAUAGAAUGGGUUCUGCCCAGACUCCCAAGGUUUGUUUCUCACUGCAAGAAGGUGUUGGUGGAGCUCAGUGCUGCAGUACAGCCUUGGAUAUUUGUCCAAACAACAGCCUGGUUCAGCCAGUCCUGACUGGCAGGAAGAUUAGCUUGUUAAUUUGUACGAAAGCGGGAUGAAAAUACUGUUAGAUAGCACUCAGAAUUUGUGUUCUGCAUGUUGCACAAUCUAUAAAUAUGAUAAGCAAGUUGCUGACAGAAUAAUAUUAUAAGGCGAUGUACUACAUGCAGAUCAUAAAGGAUUUAGUUUUAGGGCUUAAGGCUAAAAUCCCACUCCUGCAGUUUAUUACCCAACAAUAUUCCAGUAAUGAGCUUUCUGAUUAUUUUUUUUUCCCCUACCACUAGGAAGAUUUACUGAGGAACUCUUAAAUUCUCUUCACACAUUACCAAGAACUGUAUAAAAUGGGGUUGAAAGCCCUUUUGCUUAUUAAGACCAAAAAGACCUUUCAAACACCUCCGCUGUGUCACAGAUUAACACACAUCUUAUCAUGCUUCAAUAAAAAUGUGAAACAAAAUCAUAUGGCUGUGAGCCAUAUGAAAUGAGGCCAUGGGUUUGCAUCCUCUCCCUGGGUCUUGUAUUCCUCAGCCCAGCAUAAAACCAGGAAUAAGGACAUGUGCAUGGGGAGAGAGUUUUAAAAACCAAACAACUAUUUGUGUCUCCAAGAGCUUCAUACUGCCAGUUUCUUGAGCCCUUCAAUAUUAUAUUUUCUGUGAAGCACCUUGCAUGUUUUUGGGCAACUGUCAAAAAAAAACAAAAAAAAAAAAAACAAAAAAAAAAAAAAAGAAAAUAAAAAGAAAAAAAAAAGAAAAAAGGAAAAAAAAAAAAAAAGAAAAAAAAUGAGUUGUAAUAGUCAUCAGUUACUAGUGUAUCCUCCUACAGCAUGGCCCAUGACUCUCCAUUUGACAGCAGUGCUUUGGACCAUUCGUGUAGAAUGUUCUGUUUAUGUCGUGUCAUUAUUCAAGUAGCGUUGGUACAAUGAGGUGCUGGUUCAUCAAUGGGGAUUAUAAACGCUACAGCAAUAUGACGAAUAAACAGGAAUCGCUGUUCCAUACACAAAGAUUGCCCCAACUCUUAUUUUCACAGGCCCUGAUUCAGGACUGCACUUAAGCACAUUUAAGUAGUAUCCUGAAGAGUAAAAAGAACAACAAAAAAAAGAAAAAAUAAAAAAAAUAAAAAGUAAUUAAAAAAAAAGACAGGAAAAAGAAAAAAACUAAAACAAAGCAGCAUGGUUUUCUGAAUUGAGAACACAAGCAUCAUGCCCUUGUAAUGCCUAUUCCAUACCAUCUAAAAACUGGGGUGCAGCAGUUCUGAGAUAAUUAGAAGCACAUUUCAACAAAGGACACAUAUUUGAGAUCUCCUUAAGAUGCCUGCCUAGUGUGUAUUAAACACUACAUAAAAAAGAAAAAAAAAAACCAAAAAAAAACAUUGAAAGAGCUGCCAAUUGGACAACAUGGGCAAACAGUUCAGUCCCAUGUUGGUUUGUUUUACUUUUCUUUUUCUUUAUUUUUUUAAGCUAUUUCUUAAAUAAUAAAUGCACAUGAAGUGUUAAAUAUGUAUAUACUGUAUUUCAAAAAAAUUAAAAAAUCAAACGAAUGGGGCACAAGAUUGUUCUAUAAGUCGUGCUGGCUAAUUUUUAGUUUGUAUUCAUAAGUGGUUUUUAAAAGCCUUUUUUAAAGUGUAAUUUGCAUGUUCUACUUUGAUUGUAUGUAAACAUAUUUUAGAGCAAAAAAAUGUAUUUGUAUUUUAUUGAAUAUAGAGGCAAGAAAAAAACUUGUACAUUGUUUGAAAUGUUCUUUUUGUAACAGUUUUUAUUCAUGAAGCAUUUUUGUACAUUUAAAAAUGGAUAUGGACUUGAUGUUCUUUGAGGCUUAGAUACAUCUGGCAUGCUUUAAUGUCAUGCUCCUUCAUGAUCUUAGAUGUUGGUUUUUAAACAUUUUUUUCUAAAACAAAGCUCAGUCUUUUCGCUACCAAAUCAGGUUAGCACAGUAUAGAGCACUUAACUAAAAAAAAAAAGAAAAAAAAAAGUUAAUCCUAUUCAUAUGUUAUUCAUUGUGUGAAAUUAAAGGAAUUCAAUUCAGUCUAA